UGGAUUUCCUUUUCUUUUCAAGACUGCUUGAAACGACACAUCAAUGGAUCAGGUCUUCUUCUGGAUCCUGCUCCUGCUGAGCUUAUCUACAAGUUUUUGCAAGUAUGUUUGCGUGAACGAGGAAAAGACUCGGGGUGAAAGUUUGAGUUAUUGUCGGCAGAACUACACAGACUUGGCCCCGGUUAGUAAUAAACAGGAUAAUGAAAAACUGAUGGAGCUCUUUCCCAGUGUCAAUGACGGUGUCUGGUUUGGACUGGAAAGGAACCACUCAGACAAAGACAAAUGGCUGUGGUCAGGAGGUGGAGCGUUGACCUGGAUUUUCUGGAAUACAGAUCAACCUGACAACCGAAAUAAUGAAAACAGUGGUUUUAUAAACAAAAACGGCAGGUGGCAUGAUGCGUAUCCAGGUAACACAAGACCCUUUUUCUGCUACAGAGCAAUAGUGGUGAAGCAGGAAAAGACUUGGGAGGAAGCUCUGGAGUACUGCAGGAAGCACCACGAGGACCUGGCCAGUGUGGCAUCUGAGACCGAGAUGCUGCUCAUCCAGAAAGAGUUGAGCAAACAUAACACAAAAGAAGUCGUCUGGAUUGGCUUGCGCUUCUUAUCUGAGGACUGGCUGUGGGUAGACAGGCAGAUGAUGGAUUACGAGGCCUGGAGUCAAGGGGAAAAGCCACUGUGCCCGAGUACUAAGAUGAAGUGUGGUGCCUUACAGGUGACACGAGGGACUAAGGGUGUUUGGGAGGCUCAUAAUUGUGAGGAGAAACUACAAUUUAUUUGCUACUGAGCUACUUUAUUUCAUAAAAUACAUUUAAAUCACAAUUUAUUUGCUGUGUUUAAUACAUUUUGGUUAUUUUUCUCAUCUCUGUCUUUGCAUUUUCCCUAAUUGAUGUGUAAUUGUCUCAUUUCUAUUGUGUGACAAACUCAGCAUUUCAUUAUUUUACAAACACUAUCUAUUAUGAUUUUU